AGUAGUGCGCGGCAGUGGGUCGCGUGGUCCGCCUAGGCGCGCGGUUUGGUUUUGGCACUUGCUGAGUGUGCCUGGAAGUGGGGAACAGAGACGGUCGUUGGGUAGAGCUGAGGGCUGCAGCGCCUGAGGACAGGGCUGCGGCCGUGUAUAGGGGAACAGCUGAGAAGGAGGGCCCUUGCCGGCAGGAUCCGAACCCGCUGUGGCCGGGGCUGGUCCCGCGGUGACCUGGGGCGGCCGCGAGAUGCUCGGGGCCCGGUGUCUGCUUCGAGCCCUGCGCUCCUGCUCCACUGCUCCCUGCCCCAGGCAUAGGCCUUCCGCCAGACUGAGCGUACGGGACGCUCUCGGGUCCCAGAACGCGAGUGCGGAGCGCGUUAAAGUUCAGGGAUGGGUUCGAUCAGUCCGAUCCCAGAAGGAAGUCUUGUUCCUACAUGUAAAUGAUGGGUCGUCUUUGGAAAGCCUUCAGGUUGUUGCCGAUUCAAACUUUGACAAUAGAGAAUUGACUUUUGGGAGUUCUGUAGAAGUCCUUGGGCAGCUGGUACAAAGCCCUUCCAAAAGGCAAAAUGUGGAACUGAAGGCAGAAAAAAUUGAAGUUAUUGGAAAUUGUGAUGCCAAGGCAUUCCCUAUCAAAUAUAAAGAGAAGCAUCCUCUGGAGUACAUGAGACAAUAUCCUCACCUUAGGUGUAGGACUAACGCUCUGGGUUCUAUAUUGAGGGUUCGCAGUGAAGCCACAGCUGCUAUUCAUUCCUUUUUUAAGAACAGUGGUUUUGUGCACAUUCAUACUCCAAUAAUUACAUCCAAUGACUGUGAGGGGGCUGGAGAGCUUUUCCGAGUUGAGCCUUCAAGCAAAAUAAAGUUACCCGAGGAGAAUUUCUUCAAUGUUCCUGCUUUCUUAACUGUAUCAGGACAGCUUCAUCUAGAAGUGAUGUCAGGAGCUUUUACUCGAGUGUUUACCUUUGGUCCAACAUUCCGAGCUGAGAAUUCUCAGAGCCGGAGACACCUGGCAGAAUUUUAUAUGGUAGAAGCAGAGAUUUCUUUUGUUGAGAGUCUUCAAGAUCUCAUGCAGAUUAUGGAAGGACUCUUCAAGACCACAACAAUGACUGUUCUUUCAAAUUGUCCUGAAGAUGUUGAACUCUGUCACAAAUUCAUAGCUCCUGGACACAAGGACAGAUUAGAACAUAUGCUAAAAAACAACUUUUUAAUCAUUUCUUACACGGAGGCCAUAGAGAUCUUACAGCGAGCAUCACAAAACUUUACCUUCACUCCAGAGUGGGGUGUUGAUCUACAAACUGAACAUGAGAAGUACCUGGUGAAGCACUGUGGCGACAUACCAGUCUUCGUCAUAAACUAUCCAUUAGCACUCAAGCCUUUCUACAUGAGGGAUAAUGAAGAUGGCCCUCAGCACACAGUAGCUGCUGUUGAUCUUCUUGUUCCUGGAGUUGGAGAGCUCUUUGGAGGCAGCCUCAGGGAGGAACGGUAUCACUUCUUAAAGCAACAGCUGGCCAGAUCAGGACUCACAGAAGCCUACCAAUGGUAUUUGGACCUUCGUCGGUUUGGAUCUGUGCCACAUGGAGGAUUUGGGAUGGGAUUUGAACGCUACCUACAGUGCAUCUUAGGAGUUGAAAAUAUCAAAGAUGUUAUCCCUUUUCCAAGAUUUACUCAUUCAUGUCUUUUAUAGCUGAAAAUUUAGUUAAGGAAAAGUACCCUAGGGCAGAGGCACAAUACUUGAACAAAUAUGCAAGCAGAGAAUACAUGUUUGAACUUUAGAAAUGUGGAUUUCAAUAUAUAAUUAUUCUGGGUUGACACAGUGCCACACUCCUGUAAUCCCAGCUACUUGGGAGACAGAGGCAGGAGUCCAGUCUUGGCAACUUUGUGAGA